AACGGAUAUUUAAAACGAAUAGUUUAAUCAGAGAAAACAUAAGCAGUCAGUUGCUGAUCGUCUGCCCUCAGGGUAAGACAUAUUUAUAAAAAAAAUCUUGGGAUAACUAAAAAAAAAUAUUGAAGUUUUGCAAUAUAUUCAAUUUACAGCAUAUAUAUAUUAUAUGUAAUACUCUGCUUAUAUAAAUAUUUAAAAAAAAAGUGCAAAACACAAAUUUUUAAGUUCGCUAAAAAAGUGUUUCUAAAGGAUUUAAAAAAUAUUACGAAUGCAGUUGCUUAAAGUGUAAACGUACCAAGAAUAAUUUAAAAAAAUGAGUUAUUCAAGAUACACAAGUUCAAUUGUAUGGCUGCUUAUAGUACUCUCAGUACAUAUUAAUGUUACACAAGGAAGAAAUCACCGACUACGACAUAAACGACAACAUGGUAGUAGAUUAUAUGUGCCAGAUAGCUACAUUAUACCAGAAGGAGAAGGCGACGGAAAUUGGGGACCAUGGGGAUCUCCAUCUGAGUGUACGAGAACGUGUGGAGGAGGUGUAUCCUAUCAGACAAGAGAAUGUUAUGAUUUAGAUGAACGAGGGAACCCUCGUUGCACCGGAGGCAAUAGAAAAUACUUUUCUUGUAAUACGCAAGAUUGUCCAGAAAAUGAGCCUGACUUCAGGAAGCAACAAUGCUCACAUUUCGACUCGUCCCUUUUCGAGGGAGCAAGAUACUCAUGGGUACCGUACACUAAAGCACCUAACCCUUGUGAGCUGAAUUGCAUGCCAAUAGGUGAACGAUUUUAUUACAGACACAAGAGCAAAGUGAUUGACGGCACUCGGUGCAAUGAUGAAACAUUUGAUGUUUGUGUCGAUGGAAAAUGUGAACAUGUUGGUUGUGAUUUAUUGCUGGGAUCUAAGGCUAAAGAAGAUAAGUGUAGAAAAUGCCAAGGGGAUGGCUCAAGUUGUCGGACACUUACAGGAUCUUUAGAGCAACCCACAUAUCAAGUAGGAUACAAUGAUGUCUUAUUGAUUCCUGAAGGUGCCACAAAUAUCGAAAUUGCAGAGAGAAAUUCGUCCAGCAAUUAUUUCGCAGUUCGCAAUCUAAAUGGGACAUACUACCUAAAUGGAAAUUACAAAAUUGAUUUUCCACGAGCUAUGACAUUUGCUGGAACUGUUUGGCAUUACGAACGGAAGGUACAAGGAUUUGCGGCACCAGAUCGAAUUACUGCGAUCGGUCCCACUACUGAGGGAGUAUACUUAGUUCUUUUAGCUCAAGACCGAAACGUUGGUAUUGAUUAUGAGUACAGUAUGCCAUCAAAUGUUGCCCCAGUAGAACAACCAGAAUCAUAUGUCUGGACUUUCACAGACUUUACACCUUGCUCAGUGACUUGUGGCGGAGGAACUCAAACCAGAAAUGUGAGUUGUAAUGCACGAAACUCAAUGGUUGAGGCUGAUCCUUCACUGUGUGAUGCAAACGAAAGACCCUCCGAAGUUAACAGGUGUAUGCAUGUGCCAUGCCCCCCAAGAUGGGUAGAAGGAAAAUGGUCAAAGUGCUCUGCUGCAUGUGGGGAAAAUGGAACCCAAAGUCGCAUUGUACAGUGUGAGCGAGCAACUGCUGAUGGAAUUGUGACUUUGGUCGAUGAUGAUAUUUGUCGUGCUCAAUUUGGAGAUAAGCCAACAGAGUCACGUCCCUGUAAUCAAGGGGAUACUUGCUCACAAUGGUUCACCGGUCCUUGGACACCAUGUUCAAAAUUGUGCGGAGAAGGAUCUCAGUCACGCAAAGUCACUUGUUAUCAAAAAGAAAAGGAUGGAAAAAUUACCGUUUUAAAGGAUGAUGAAUGUGCUGAGGAAAAACCAGAAACCGAGCAGAAGUGUACAUUAAGACCUUGUGAAGGAGUAGAAUACAUCACGUCACCAUGGAGCGGUUGUGAAGAGUGCGGACAAACAGAAGAAACAAGGACGGUCGUAUGUGCAUCAAAAAAAGGAAAAGUUUAUGAUGACAAGUUUUGCGUUAAUCGUGAGAAACCGGAAUUGAAACGUAAAUGUGAAGGUACUCCAAAAGCAUGUGACUACCAAUGGUUUAGUGGUCAAUGGACUAAAUGCUCUGCCGUUUGCGGAAAAGGAACAAAGUCACGUAAAGUUUUAUGCGCACAGUUCGAUGGAGAUGUCGUGAAAAAAGCAGAAGAUGAUUCCAAGUGCAAUGCAGAAGAGAAACCAGCGGAAAACGAGGACUGUGAUGCAGGCGACGAUUGCCCUGGUCAAUGGUUUACCGGGCCUUGGACAGAUUGCAAUAAACACUGUGGAGGUGGAGAGCAUUCGCGAUCAGUUAUUUGUAUACUUAAUGGAACAGUUACGAAGGCAUCAGCUUGUGAUCCCGAAAAGGUUGAAGACUCUUCAGAGGCUUGUAAUACAAAGCCUUGCGAAGAUCUUGAAGAAUUGUCUAUGUCAACAACAGAGAGCAGCACAACCAUUGUUGAUGACGAUUUGGACUAUUGUGAUGAAGAAGAUUACGAAGAAGAUGGUGUAUUAAAAGUAAUGGAUGAUGACGAAGAGGAUGAAAGUACAGAGCUUUCAGAAGGAACUGAAUUGACAUCGGAUGGCACAGACAUGACCACAGAAAGUACAUACACCGAUGAUGAACUAAUGCUUAGCGACUCCACGCCAGUUGCAUUUACCGAGCUAACAGGAAGCACGGAUGAUGUUACCACAGGAACUGAAGGAUCAGGAGACAACGAAGUAACAUUGUCAACUGAUGCUGGCAGUGGUGAUGGUUCAACAGAAUCUAGUGUGUCUUCCGAAGAUGUUACAAAUGUCACAGAUGGAUCUGAUGCUACGGAAAGUUUAGUGUCAACUGAUGUACCAUCGCAGACUACAGAAUCUUCACCUUCAACAGAAUCUACUCAAACUUCUUCAUCUGAAAUGAUUGAAACAACUACAUUAACAGGUGUUUCAACAGAAGAAAGCACUGCGAAAUCUACUGAAGUUGAUUCUUCAACAACAACAACAUCCGAUGAGACAACAUCCGAACAACCUACAUCAACUGAGGAAACAAGCACAGCUACAUCAGAAGAAACGUCUAGCAUGGCCAGCUCCACAGAAACAUCUUCAGCGCAAUUUGAAUCGACAACUGAAGCAGAUGCAACAACAUCAACCGAACCACCUAUUGCAGAGAGAAUGGAUACAGAUACAGAGGUUGACGAUGAACUCAAAACACAAAUUAAUCCCGAAUUAGCUUCAAUUGAAACGACAAGUUCUGACACUACUGAAAGUACUUCCGAAGGUACUACUUCCGAAAACGAUAUGCCAUCUUCAGAUGAUUCUACUGUUACUUCAGAUGAAACAUCAGAAAUGGUUACACAAGCAACGGAUGUCACUGAAACCGGAAGUACCGAAAAUGUUGCAACAGAUGUCACUAAUGAAGCAGCUUCUACCAGUAGCGACGUUGAAACUAGCACUGUCGAUAUUUGGAGCACCAGUGAUACAACAGAAGACCUCGAAGGCUUGACAACUUCUAGUGAUGUAAUAACAACUAUUUUGGAUGAACUUAAACCAAAAAAAUGUCGUCCAAGACCUAAAGUACCAAAAUGCCUUAAGUCUCCAUAUGGUUGUUGUCCUGAUAAUUCAACCGCUGCUACUGGUCCCUUCGAUGAAGGAUGUGCCAUUCCCAAGACUUGUGAAGAAACUAAAUUUGGAUGCUGUGAUGAUGGUCUUACACCGGCACAAGGACUUAAAAACAAAGGAUGUCCCAAAUCACAAUGUAUGGAAACUCUAUUUGGAUGUUGCAGUGAUGGCAAAACUGCAGCUGAAGGAAACGAUGGUGAGGGUUGUCCGAUUCCAACAACAACAAUUAAGACAUGCCAUUCAAGUAAGUAUGGUUGCUGUCCUGAUGGGGUUACUGAUGCCAAGGGUAAAAAGGGCAAAGGUUGUCCAAAAGUUACUACACCAAAACCUCCAAAAACUACGACACCGAAAGAUUGUGCCAAAAUUGCAGCUACAGGAAAACAAGAUAAAGAUUGUGCACCGUGUGCCAAAGAACGAUUUGGCUGUUGUCAGGAUAACGUUACGCCUGCUCACGGACCAAAUGGAGAAGGUUGUUGUUUGGAGACCGCCUUUGGGUGCUGCCCAGACAAUGUCAAUCCUGCUCGUGGUCCUAAUCUCGAGGGUUGUGGAUGUGAAUAUUCUCCAUGGGGUUGUUGUCCUGAUAAUCAUACCUCAGCAACUGGACCAGAUAAUGAGGGAUGUGGGUGCCAAUACUCCGCAUACAAAUGUUGUCCUGAUCAAGUUACGCCUGCAAAAGGUGAAAACUAUUUCGGAUGUCCCUGUUCCUCAUAUCAAUUUGGAUGUUGUAGUGACGGUAUUACUAUUGCUACUGGUCCUCAAUCAGCAGGAUGUCAUUGUACUUACUCAGAGUUUAAAUGUUGCAAAGAUGGUGUAACGGCAGCUAAAGGUCCUGAUUAUGAAGGAUGCACUUGCGCUGAAAGUAAAUAUCAAUGUUGUCCAGAUGGCGUAACGGAAGCACAAGGACCAAACUUUGAAGGAUGCGAAUCGAAACCAAGUGAAUCGCCCCAAAAAGCUUGUAGUUUGCCAAAAGACAUGGGCUCGUGCAAUAACUUUACUGUUAAACACUUCUUUGAUACUGAAUAUGGAGGUUGCUCCAGAUUUUGGUAUGGAGGAUGCGAAGGAAAUGAUAAUCGCUUUGACACGUUGGAGGACUGCAAAGUUGUGUGCGAAGAGCCUGCAAAUGAGCAAGAUGCAUGUCAUUUACCUAAAGUUAAAGGCCCUUGCACAGGCUAUUACCCAUCUUGGUACUAUGAUUCGGACCGAAAUGCUUGUACACAAUUUGUAUAUGGUGGUUGCCUGGGUAAUGCUAACCGUUUUGAGACACAAGAAGCUUGUCAAAAGCAAUGUUCACACAAGGCAUUACCCCCUUGUGAACAGCCAUUGGAGGCUGGACCUUGUUCAGGUUCCUUUGAACGCUGGUACUUCAACAAGGCAACUGAUCGGUGUGAACCGUUCAUUUAUGGUGGAUGUAAAGGAAAUAAGAAUAACUAUGCAACAGAAGCUGCAUGCCAUCAUCAUUGCAAGAAACCCGGAAUUGGAAAAGAUGUUUGCGACUUACCAAAGGCCCUUGGCUCUUGUGAACGCAAGCUUGCUCGAUGGUAUUUCUCUAAACAAGAUAACAAAUGUGUACCUUUCUACUUUGCUGGAUGUGACGGAAACGAUAACAGCUUUGUAUCGUUAGAAGAAUGUGAAUCCGAUUGUCCGAGACAAAUCGCUAAGGAUCUUUGUUAUUUACCUGCUGAAACUGGAGAUUGUGCUGAUUACACGGCACAAUGGUAUUGGGACACAAAAGACUCGCGAUGUCGUCAAUUCUAUUAUGGAGGAUGUGGUGGAAAUGAAAACAGAUUUAAAACAGAGGCUGAUUGUCAGAGCAGAUGCCAACAUCAUGAGGGAAGUCGCCCUGUUGUGCCAGCUCCAACACAUAGACCGCAUAGACCAUCUCAACCAGAACCACAAUUCACCGUAGAAAGCUGUAAGUUGUCAUAUGAGCCUGGCAAUUGUGGGGAUCACUUACGUAGAUAUUAUUACAACUACGAAUAUGGUAGUUGCGAGGAAUUCGCUUAUACUGGUUGCGAUGGAAACGCCAAUAACUUUGAAAGUCCUGAAGAAUGUGAGAGACAUUGCUCAAAUGUGCAAGAUCGCUGUUCGCUUCGACCUCAUCCUGGUCGUUGUUCGAGUAAUGAAACCCGUUUUUACUACGAUAGUCGAGCUAAUGGUUGUUAUCCAUUUACUUACACCGGAUGUCAAGGCAAUUCAAAUAAUUUCUUUGAUAAACAAGAGUGCGAACAAUCAUGUUAUAAAUCUGAAGUGGAAUCACGAUUCGAUGUUGACAGAGUUGACUGUAGGCAACACGAUGAAGAGUGUCACCGAUUGCAAUGUCCUUAUGGAGUUUCCCGUUCUUACGAUUCAGAUGGAUGUCAACGUUGUGAAUGCGAAGAUCCUUGUCGAAAUUAUCAAUGCGGUGCAGACCAAGAUUGUGCAGUUGACAUCCAGUCUUCUGCUCCCUAUGGAUCAGAAUUUGUUCCUGUUUGCCGAGACCGUACAAAGCGCGGUAGAUGUCCACACCUUGUGAACGAUACUCGUUGUGUAUCGGAGUGUUUCUCAGACGCUGAUUGUCGUGGAGAUACAAAAUGUUGUGUCGCUGGUUGUAGUAAUGUUUGUGCGGCUCCCGAGUCAGAGUUUAAACCAAGACCACCUCCAAGAGGACCACAAGAAGAACGACCAAUUGAAUUGGAACAAAACAUUCCGGUGGAGGAAACCGAAAAAGCGAUCUCCGAGGGCGGCGUUGCAGUACUGCGAUGUUUCGCAACUGGCUUCCCACCACCAACUGUGUCGUGGAGAAAGGGAGAAGUUGUUCUUAAUACACAUGAAGGAAGAUAUGCAUUGACUACUGAAGGAGAUCUGCAAAUCGUUCAACUUCAUAGAACAGAUAGUGGAACAUAUGUUUGUGUAGCUGGCAACGGUAUUGGAGAACCUGUGUCUCGAGAAGUCAGUCUGACAGUAACUGAUCCUGAGCCAGUUGAAGCUUAUAUAAUGGGUGAAAAGAACUCGACUCAAAUUGUGACACUAACGAAACCAGCUGCAUUAAGAUGCCUUGCUGGUGGUCACCCUAAGCCUUUUGUUUCUUGGUGGCAUGGGGAUAAAAUGAUUCCUUUAAAUACGGAAAGGUACCAAGUAUCGCGUGACUUUACACUUGAAUUAAGUAAGGUUGAGUUGAGUGAUUUGGGUCCAUAUGUUUGUCAGGCGUAUUCUGGUGGUAAAGCUGCUGUUUCUAUUUCAAUUACACUUAAAACGUACGGCCCAGUAACAAUAACUGAUCCCGAAGAGGAAAAAUACCGUCAAUAUGUGAUUGAACAUAGAGAAGAAGCACCAACCAGACGUCCGCCAACAUUCCGCCCAAGACCUUCAGUAGUACCAAGCACCGCACCUGUAAUGGCGAAUAUCAUAUUACCUCGUGGAGAAAAACGAUUUGGUGUGGGUGGAAAUAUCAAUAUAUCUUGCACAACGGAUGGAUAUCCAGUGCCUCAAGUUUCAUGGUUCAAAGAUAAUUCUCAAUUAGAAGAAUCAAGCCGUGUACAAAUCACUGAAACCAAUUUGAUUGUAUUUAAUGUUGACUCAUCUGACUCUGGGUAUUAUAAAUGUUUGGCAAGAAAUCAAUACAGUGAGGCAUUCCACGAAGAAUAUCUUACAGUUGAAGGAGCUGUUGUACCAGACAAUUGUACUGAUAAUCCAUUCUUUGCCAAUUGUGCGUUGAUCGUAAAAGCAAAUUAUUGUAAUCACAAAUAUUAUGCCAAAUUCUGUUGUAAAUCAUGUACCUUAGCUGGUCAAUUAAAUCAACAAUCACCGAGACGAUAAGAAAAAGUGAAUGAAAUAUUAAAUACAUUAUAUAUAAAAACAGAAUAGGGACUCGUCAAAUUAUUUAAUUGAAAAUUUCACUUUAAGGAAUAUAAAUCAACAAUGUGCCAACACAUGUGCCUUUUAUUAAGUAAAUUAAGGAUAGUUAAAAAAAUUAUUUCGUGUCAGUUCCGAUAUUCAUCGAUUUUAUUUAAUCCCCGAAAUUACUAUUUACUUCGUGAGUUAAAAAAGUUUUCUACAUAUUUACCUAAAUUUCAUGUACAAAAUAACUUUGUUACCCGUCUUUAAUAAUUAAGUAACAAAAGCUCCUAACAAAUACGUAUAUAAAGUAAAGAUAAUAUACCUAAAUAGAUUUAAGUAAUUU